GAACGAGGAAGGGGGUCCCGCUCUUCCCCCCGGGGGUCGCAGGAGGUGGCAGGCGGUGGGUGAAGGUGAAAUCCUCGCCCUCCGGCACUAUGGAGCUUUUCGGGAGCUUUGUCCGGCCCCACGGGGAGACCUUGGGGUUCCCAGCUCGCCCCGGUAACACGGGCGUGGUGAAGACCCUGGGGAACACCUAUCAGUUCACGGUGGAUGUCAGCGACUUCGCGCCCGAGGACAUCAUCGUCACCACCUCCAACAACCAGAUCGAGGUGCACGCAGAGAAGCUGGCCACGGAUGGCACCGUCAUGAACACCUUCACCCACAAGUGCCAGCUGCCCGAAGAUGUGGACCCCACGUCCGUGUCCUCCUCGCUGGGGGAUAACGGGAUGCUGACGAUCCGGGCUCAGCGCCGGCCGGCCAAGCACUCGGAGCACGUCCAGCAAACCUUCCGGACUGAGAUCAAGAUCUGAGGGCUCGGGGGGCUCCUUGCCCCCUCCCCAGCACCCCCCAUUUCCCUCCCUCGCUAAUUAAACGGGUGAUUUCGGAAUGAGGUGGGAUACGGGGUAGGGAAUGGGAGCGCUCCCUCCGCAGUGGGCUCAGACCUGCGGUGAUCGUGUUCCGUCACCCACCGGAGAAAUUCCGGCCGGGAGUCCCAGCUCCGGCAAUUUUUAGCUGGCGCGUGUUGAGGGGUGAGAUCCAGCGUGCCAAGAAUCCUGCCGGGAGCCAGCUUCCCUUCCCAACCCUCCGCCAGAGCCUGUCUUUGUAUAUAGAGCUUGGGAUAAAUUAUUGGCAACGUCUGACUGCCGCCUUCUC